AUGGUCAAGGUCGCGGACGUGAGCGCGCCCGCCUGGGCCGACGUGCACAGGUUCGGCUUGCGUCGCAACCGCAUCGCGCUGGUCAUCAGCGUCGCCAUGCUCUUCAACAUCGCCUCCAUGCCGAUGAAGGCGUACCUCUCCGAAUAUGUUCCGUGGUCCGCGCCGCCGCUCCUCAACACGUCGUAUGCCAAUUACUCGGCGUUCAACUCGGAUUUUCUGGCGCAAAACCAGCGCUUGUACAACGCCCGCACGCUCGUGCCCGGCACGUCGUACUUUGAAGAUGCCAUCAACGACGUCCAAGUGCUUCGAAAAGCCAUUGCGCUGCCAGCGCCGAUCCAUAGGGCGUCGUGCUUGCAGUCGUUUCUCCUCGGGCUUCCCGGCGUCAUCUACUACACAGACGCCCAGAUCGACCUCGUCUGUAGCCUCGCGAGCGCGACGAAUGUCUCGGCCGCGGCGUGGCACCACAACGGCUCGUGCUUUUAUGAUCUUUUUUGCAACAUUGAGAUUGGCCGGUCGUGUCUCUGGCUCGAGGCCGGCGAUGCGAUCCAAGAACGCAACGCCUCCGACGGACUACUCUUUACACUCACCUACUCGUACAGUGCGACGCGCUUCGAUGCCUACCUCUGGUUCAAAUUUGUCUACCGCAUCGGCAACACGGCUUUUGUGCUCUAUCGCAUGUGGGCCCACUACUACAUGCAUUGUGUGAACCUCGAACGUCUCUUGCGCACCAGUGGCCACAAGGCCGAUGUGAGCGCGGCCGAGUGGCGCUACGAGCUCAAGUGGAAGAAGGAGCAUGCGUUUGCCGAGGUGGACCCGACAUUGGUGGCGAUCGCUAUCGCAUUCUAUGGCCCACUCAUCUCGUGGCUCAGCGGCAACGUCGGCUUCCUCGUGACCUUGUACCAGUGGAUGUUUACGUGCCUUGUGCCGCAACAAAACACCUCGGAGCAGAACGAGCUCGUUGUCGGCUGCACCGCCUACACAGUUCUUAUCGCGGUGCUACCAGUUGUGUAUGGUUUCCUUGCUCCGCGUUUCCAGUGCUGGGGACGCUUUCGGUGUCUUCGCCGCCGCAAACAUGCGUACAGCAGCCACCACUACAACAACUGGAAGAACCAGAUCCUUCUCGCGCUCCUGCGUCCCUUUCGCACCAACAACAUUCACAUGAUUGCGAGCGGCGGCACCGUCUACGCAGCGUACCAUGCCAGCGCAAGCUUCAAGAACUGCCCAACGUUUAGCCUUCGGAGCGCCGACUGCUUUGUGCUGUGUUACCACCGCGGCGAACUGCGCGAGAAGAUGCGCCUGAGUUUCCUCAGCUCCCUCGACACACGCGGGAACGCGAUUUCCAACGCCACGACGCCCACGUCGUACCACUUCAACGAGCUGGUUGAGACGACCAAGGAAGGCGUGUCCUCGUUUCAGCUCCACAAACCGUCCCAGCCGUCCGUUUGGUGCAUCUAA